CCUCGACGCUCACUGCUCGCCGACCCGUCGAGCCAUCGAGACCGGGUCAUACCGGAGCGAGAAAGACAGAGAGAAAGAAGGAAGGAAAGAGAGAGCGAGAGUUUUUAAAUAAUUGUCCAUCUCUGCCGGUCGACUUAGGAAGAAGAGGAAGAUACGUCCCGGGUACGUUUGACCGUGCAUUUUGUGCUACGCGGAUUACUCCGAAUUGGGAAGACAAUGGAGAAAGAUCAGGACUCCUUGGCGACCGUCGCCGUCGUCUCGGAGAAGAUACCGCAGAGCCACUAUGCGCCAAGUGAGGUCUACUCUACCACCGAACCACCACCGGCAUACAUGAGACCACCGAUGAAGAGUACAGCUGUGCAGAUCGCUAGAAUCGCCGCUAUUACUCUGAUCACGAUGUCCAUCGUACUCGGUAGCUUUAUCCUGGCGGCAUCUUGGGUCCAAGCUAGAGCUUCCUGUACGCCGGAAUCGAUCGCGGCAAUGCAAGCCGAGAUGAAGCUUCAGAAACAGGCCUACGGAUCGUAUCAGCCGCAAGGUGAAUUUCUGAAGCAUUUGCAGCCGGAGGCUCUGGUGCAGGAACCUGUUGAAUCGAAGGAUUCUUUGCAAAGUCUCGCUGCACCAACGAAGAAAGAAGUUGAAUCGGAUACUAAGGACGUAAAAGCCCAAGGUGAAGGAGAAAACAACUCAAAAACUGACAAUGAAAAUGGCGAUCAUGACGAUGACGAUGACGAUUACGAUGACGAAGAAUUCCCUCCUGUGCACAUUAAGCUUCCUCUUCAGUUAGAUCUCGACGACAUUGCAGGCACACUGAUUCAACAAGCUCGUAGCAGAGUUUCCUGCGUAGUUGAAAGACGACGAGCCGAUGAGGUGAUGGACGGAACCGGCGACAACGGUUUAGAUAACAGUACCGAUCCUCAGCGUUUCCAAAGACUAAGUGGCGAGCGAGUUGCCAUUCUUUGCGAAUCAGGCAAUCCAAACCAAGAGCAGCAGGAACAAGAGAUGCUUACCCCGAUCAUCGUGCCCCUAGGCACCGUACAAAUUCCCCUUCACUCGCAAGAACCUAACCCGGGAUAUCAUCAAUACCAAAUACAUACCCAGUAUCAAGUUCCCGAUAUGCAGCAAUUGCCGCUUAGCGACCCACGGGGAUUAAAUCACAUCCCGCCGGGUGCACUUCCUCCUGAGCUUCGUAACCUUCCUCAGUUGACUAUGGAGAUGAGACCACCUCGAAUGGGCCCGCAGACCCCCGUGAUGGGACCUCAAAACAAUCCGAUGGGACCACAAAUCGAGAUGCGUCAAAUUCCUAUCGAUUUGCGUCACUUCCCAAUGGACCCGAUGAGAGGAAUGCGACCGAUGGCUCAGGAACCUCGUCAGGAACCACAACAAGUUUCGAUGGUGUAUCAACAGCAGGCUGACCAAGUUCCCAAUACUUAUAACCAGGAACAAGGUCCAGCUAUGAUGCCACCGCCUCCUCCACAAGCCGAUGCGCAGGAGUCAGACCCGAGAAUACAACAAAUAUCACCUAUGAUGAUCCCGCAGACUGAACAAAGACCACCUGCUCCACCCCAAGUCGCGCCUGAAAAGCCACGCUCUCCUUUCCAGGGCAUUCCCAUAGAAAUCAGAAGGAUAAUACAACAAGUACCGUUGGAGAUUAAGAACAUCAUUCAGCAUAUUACUGGCGAAGCCAGAGCGAUUCCGGUCCAAGUACCAGAGGGAGCACGUCGUGAGGAACUCAAACCGUUCCCGGAAAGCGCACGGCCAAUACCAUUAGGACCAUUCCCACUUCCAGUGGAAGUGAGAAACUUAAUUGAGCAUGGAAACAUCGAAGGUCGUCAACGUCCGGAUGGUGGCGAAGAGCAACAGGAAGCAAAAGCUUUUUCUGGUCCAGAGGAUGAUAGCGAUGAAGAAAGAAAUUUCCCUAUUCCUAUGGAAAUUCGUAAUAUAAUUCACCAGGUUGUAGAAGGUCGUGCUUUCCCAGUUCCAAGAUUUGCAUUGAGACCAGUCAAAUCUAUGGAAGUACCAGUAGAAGCGCAUGCUGAAGUAACCGAUGACCAGUCCACUGAACAGCAGCAACCCGAACAUCGGGAACAAGAGCAACAUCAAGCACACGUGAUAAGCAUUCAACAGCAGCAGCAGCAACAACAAGAGCAACAGCAAGAGCAACAACAACAACACAUGCAAGAAGAGGAAUCUCGCCCGCAUUAUGUGCAACCACGGUCCGUACGCUCCGUAGAUGACGUCUUCUUGCAUCGUCGUGAAAAACGUGUGCGUCGUUGCGCUUGUGAUUGCGCUUGCUAAAGGAUGUAGUUGAUUGCACCUAUCAGGCAAAAUAAAUUUCCAAAAAAAUGCAUCCGAAAUAAAAUUAGAAAUUUUAAAAGAGAGUGUCAUCCACUCACACUUUGAUUACAUGUUUACUGCGGUCUGAGCGAACAAAGCAAAAUAACACGAAAAUAGUUAAAGUAUAUUCUCACCAAGAUAUUGCAACCGCUGCAAGUACUUUAAAGUGCUGAUUGUAUUAAAUUUUCCCGAUCUAAUGUAGCUUUGUGUACUAUUAUUAUUACAGUAAACCACUUUUGAGUAACUUCUCUUCAGAUAGCCUCAGUUUUGGGAAAAAACCGCUUGAUAAAAAAAUGAAGAAUUUUUUGUGAAGUAUAUUAACAAACUGCAUUUAUGACGAAGUAUGAAGUUGAUAGUAUUUUUAUCUCGCGCGGUAGAUAAAUAUUAAUCGAAGCAUACAAUUGACGAUUAAAAGUAAGUGUGCUUAUCGAAUAACAUCCUGAUUUAAUAACAUCUAAUUGAUGUCAGAGUAUUUUUUCCUUCUCUAUUGGCCAACAAUAAGAGAUUAAAAGCGUUUAUACACCGGUUAUAUAUAUUGAGAUAUAUUUUAUCAACAAUUUUUGAAUUGUCGGUAAAAUAAUUGUUAAUAGGCAUGAGUGAUACUUCCUAAAUCAGUUUAAUUGACGGCAAUGUUGUACUCUCUUUUAUAGAGAAAAAGAAAUGCGAAGAUAGUUUUAAAAAAUCUGUGAUUCUCCUAUAUAAAUCUCCGUGAAAACGUGCUUCUAGCAAUGCUAUGCACAGAUACGCAUGAUAAAAGAUAACUAAUAAUUAAAAUUUCUGUAUAAUAAUCGUCUUUUACAUUCCGUUAUUAACUUUGUAUUUUUGUUUACAUCUCUAUUAUAUAUCCCCGCCUCGUUCCUUAAGUAAUAAAAAUAAUAAAGAUAGAUUCUUUUAAAAGAUAA